AUGAAGUCCUGUGUUAGCAACAUCGACGUCUUCAGCCUCGACCAUGACGAUGUGCAAAUCAAGAGUGCGCACGAUGAGGUCGUUUGGGACGCUUCCACGGAGCGCAUCGAUUCUAUAAUGGACUGGGUGUGGCGGGACUUCCUCAUCAGCACUCUCGCCCGAGACAUCGAUGAUUUUGGCGAAGGCGUCUUACAAGAGACCAAGAACUGGGUUAUAUACAGUAAAAUCAUCUCUCUUAUUCCUCGGGAAGGACGUACCGAAAGCCCCGAAGGCGUCCCGUAUCAAGCAGAUCAUUGGAACCAAGACAUGAAGGAUGCAGCAGAGCGCCUUUUGAGGCUCGAAGGCGAACGCAACCAAUAA